AUGCGAACGUGGUGUGCCCAAGGACUUCGCUGUCGGCGGCAAUGUUUCCACCUAUACCAUCCACUUCAAGGCAGUCGGCGUGAGAACCAAAUCCGUCUCCGGCACCUACUUUUUCCAGUUCAUGUGACGGGGCAGGAGAGUACGAUUGUCCUAAGCGACGCAAAAUCCAAGAGCUUAAAACCAAGUCCGCCUCUGACAAGGGCCAACCCGGUCUCCUUCAAUUCGGGUCAAAUUCUUGAAACAACAUUUAAGGAGGAAACUGUUGAUUUAGUCACCAGAGAAGAAUAUGUUGAGAAGGUUGAUGCUGUACACUGUGCUUUGAAUGCAAUGGGGUUCAAGGAUGUUGAGAUUGUGGUUGCUGAAACAGGAUGGCCUUACUGCGGAGACCCCAAUGAGGUUGGACCGAGUGUUGAGAAUGCCAAUGAUUAUAAUGGGAACUUGAGCAAAAUGUAA